AUGCAAGCUCUUGAGACGCUCCUGGCUGCUCAAAACCACCUGGCUCGUGACGAAUCAAUGUUGAUAAAAAGUGGAUGUUCGCCUUCAAAUCCUGGCGCUAUGACCGCAAUCAGCCCUUCCCAGGACACCAAAGGCUCUCUCUCAAGACUCGACCCUUCAAGCCAAUCGGAGGCUUUGGCAUUAAUUGCAAAAUAUGCUGCUCAUACCAAUGAAUCUACCCGAGCAAGAGUGGAAUCCGGAGAAAUUACCAUCGGGGAUAUUCUACAGGCUGGGCUGAAUGAGCUCGAUCGGCAACCAACACAAACCACAUUAACCCGUGCAGAAAGCUCCUCAAAUCAAUCGUGGAUCCCCGGUCCACGGACGGACAAAAUUCUUGUUCCAAAUAACAGCAUGCAGGUGCAUCUUCAUUCACUGCCAGAUAUGUACGCCAAUAAUUUCCGCUGGAAGCAGUUCUCUACCGUGGCCGCAAUUCGAGCAAAUGCAGAAUCUAUUGGAUUAACUUUCGAAGAGAUUACCCAUCCUAAAUCGAUAUCACCAUUCUACUACGCUAGCGCUCUUGCCAAAGACCAAAACCAGAUUAUUUGCUCUGCGGGGUUUCAAGGGAUAAAGCCACAUCUACGACCAACCGAGACACAGUUGAACUAUCCUCACCAUCCUUGGCUCGAUAUUUUCCCGUGUCCCAUUUUCCGCGACAGGUAUAUCCGCCUGGUAUCUAUGGGCCCCUCAGUAUUCAACGCCGACGAGUUCUGCGUGGACCUCCAAAACGGUGGCAUCAUUUGUUGGGGUUCGCACUCAGGGGAGAAGCACGAUGCGAGUGGAUCAGGAGCACCUUGGGAUAUGCGAAGCUGGGAGGCUCAACCUUGGUUUCUUAAGAAAUGGUGGUUCGUUCUUGGUGGAGAGGAGGGCGGAUUUUUCCAGCAAAGCCGAUGGUGGCAUGAAAGCAGAGGCGAUCAGCUGCCCUAUUUUUGGUGA